AUGUUGAGGCGAUACGUGCCCGUCCGGGGAUGCGCUGGCCGGCGUCGCUACGUCGUGCUUAUCGCUCUGCUAGCCUUGUUCUUGCUAGUCAGGAGUCUGCCAGCAUUGAAAAGUGACUUGAACAGCCGUGCAGGUAUUGCGCUUUCUGAGGACCGGCCGCGAUACCUCUAUCACUCCGCAUUCCGCAGGAAUCCAGAUCGGGGUUAUGAAGAGCAGCUGUCCAAUGCUUUACAAGGAAUUGAGCGUCAGCAGUUAUCGCUGAAUAGCCACGAGGAUAAGACGCAUACGUUAUGGCAGAUCAUGCUGGGGCUGGACCCCAGUGCAGAAAUCAGGAGCGAAGAUUCGCUAAAGUUUGAGAAGAAGAAUUCCGAAUGGAAGUACUCGCUCGUAACCACUGAAUGGGCCGAAGAAUUCAUUACCGUCACUCUUGCCUCCAUCCCGGGCCUCUCUAGUCUUUACCAUUCCUACCCACACCACGUUCUGCGGGCCGACUUACUGCGCUAUCUGAUCCUGUGGUACUUUGGUGGCUACUACGCAGAUACGGACGUUUUCCCUGCAAGAUCAAUCAAGCAAUGCCCAUCACUACGAAACUCAGUCUUCCAGAUUGACAACCCCGACAUUUCCCUCGUCGUGGGCAUCGAAAUCGACGAGCCAUUCGCUUCACCCAAGAAAAUGCGCGAUUGGCACUGGGUCCGCAGCUACGGUUUCAUCCAGUAUACCAUGUACGCACCCCGUCGAUUCAGUCCACUGCUGCGAGAAGUGAUCGUGCGAGUCCUAUCACACACGAAACGCCACAUCGACGAAAGUAACAUCUUUCUCGGCGCGCGGUAUAAUGAACUUACUACGCUCGAAAUCACCGGACCGGGUGUCUUCACCGAUGCCAUUCUGGACGUUUUAUCCGACACAUUACCAGCAAACCACUCGUUGGUUGCAGAGUCACUCGAGGCGGAUGCAGGUCUGGGCGACCUUGUCCCGGAAUUCUCGACUACGCCUCAAGAACGGGUGACUUGGGCACCGUUCUACCGACUCAAAGAACCGCUGUGCGUCGAGGGGGCCGAGGCUAAGCCGGGUACCCAGCUGGGUGGAUUGUGUGUUCUGCCUGUGAAUGCUUGGGGUAAUGGGCAGAGACAUAGCGGGUCGGAAGACUUUGGUAGCUCCCAUGCCUGUAUCAACCAUCGAUUUGGGGGGACGUGGAAGCCUUGGAAACAGAGUUGGAAGAAGUAUCUGUUUGGAUGA